AUGUUUGAUCGGUUGGUGAUGCCCAUAUAUAUUAUAGAUCGAAAAUUUCCAGAGAUAAAUGGUGAUUUUUUACAGGCAGCACCUGAAGUAUUGUUGACCAUGGCAGAGAGCAACACAAAAAAGUCAAAAAAGCCCCACUGGACAUCACUGGAGAUCAGCCUCCUGACUACUGUCUCUUUCCUCUUCAUCAUCAUCAUUGUCAUGAUUGUCCUCUUUGCAACGCAGAGAGAUGACGGCAUAUGCACCACUGCUGACUGCACACAGGCAGCAUCUCGCCUCAUUGAAAACAUGGACCCAACCGUGGACCCCUGCCAUAAUUUUUACCAGUAUGCUUGUGGAGGCUGGCUGAAGAAAAACAUCAUUCCGGAGACUAACUCCCGUUACAGCACUUUUGACAUCCUCAGGGAUGAACUGGAGGUGGUACUCAAAGGUGUACUGGAAAGAGAAGACACAAUCAGUAGUAGUGCCCUUACCAAAGCCAAGACUCUCUACAAGUCCUGCAUCAAUGAGAGUCUCAUUGAGCAGAGAGGUGGCGAACCUUUGCUCAGAAUACUGCCAGAUGUUUUUGACUGGCCCAUAGCAACAGAUAACUGGGACUCGCUGUAUGGAAAAACAUGGAGAGGAGAAGAUGCCAUUGCCAGAUUGAAUGAGAAGUUUGGAAAGCAAGUUCUGAUUAAUUUCUUUAUAGGCACAGAUGACAGAGACUCCAAUUCUCACAUUAUUCAUUUUGACCAGCCAAGUCUUGGUUUGUCCUCCAGAGACUAUUAUGCCUGCAAUGGGCCCUAUGAGGAGGUCUGCAUAGCAUAUGAGAGUUUCAUGACAGAUGUGGCUAAGCUGAUUCGGAUGGACCGGGGCCUGGAGGUCAAUGACACAGUCAUCAGGGAGGAGGUUGCCAGAGUAAUGAUGAUGGAGAAGGAAAUUGCAAAUGCCACAGACACACCAGAGGACAGGAACAAUCCAGUUCUACUCUACAACAAGAUGCCUCUGGGGGCCCUAAACACUAACUUCACUCUGGAGUUUGAGUCUAACGUGCUAAACUGGACUUACUUCACCAAUAAAAUAAUGGAGACAGUGGAUCUACCAGUGACAGACAGUGAAGAGGUGAUUGUUUAUGCACCAAGCUAUUUCAGGAGACUUAAUCCUGUUCUGGGCAGGUACACAAACAGAGACCUUCAGAACUACAUGGUGUGGCGUUUUGUAAUGAACCUGGUGGUUGGCCUGAGCAGAGCAUACAGGGACACCAGGAAGGCUUUCAAGAAGGCCAUCUAUGGGACCACAACUGAGGCAGCUGUGUGGAGACAAUGUGCCAUCUAUGUCAAUAACAACAUGGAGAAUGCUGUGGGCAGGCUGUAUGUGGAGGAGGCUUUUGCUGGGGACAGUAAAGAGUUGAUGGAUGAGAUGAUUACCAAUAUAAGGGAGGUCUUUGUGAGCAACUUGAAUGACUUAUCCUGGAUGGACAGGGAGACUAAAAAGGCAGCUGAGGAGAAGGCAAGGGCCAUUCGGGAGAGGAUUGGUUUCUCAGAGAACAUCAUGAAUGACACGUACAUUGACCAGGAGUAUAAAGAUCUAAGCUACAGUGCACAGGAAUACUUUGAGAACAUUCUGAAAAACCUGGAGUUUGGCCACAAGAAACGACUGAAAAAACUGAGAGUGAAAGUGAAUAAGGAAGAGUGGAUCACAGGGACAGCUGUCGUCAAUGCAUUUUAUUCCUCCAGCCGAAAUCAAAUAGUAUUCCCCGCUGGUAUCCUCCAACCCCCCUUCUUUGGUAGAGGUCAGCCCUGGUCCCUUAACUAUGGUGGCAUUGGCAUGGUGAUAGGCCACGAGAUCACCCAUGGCUUUGACGACAAUGGGCGUAACUUUGACAAGGAUGGUGAUCUCAAGGACUGGUGGACAUUGUCCUCGACUCAGAAGUUCCAAGAACUUUCCAAAUGCAUGGUGGACCAAUAUGGCAGCUUCUCGUGGGACCAGGCAAAUGGACAAACCCUCAAUGGCAAUAACACUCUUGGGGAGAACAUUGCAGACAAUGGAGGAAUUCGCCAGGCCUAUCAAGCUUACCAGAACUAUGUGAAGAAACAUGGGAAAGAGUCUCCUCUACCUGGUAUUGACCUUAGCCAUGACCAGCUCUUCUUCUUAAACUUUGCCCAGGUAUGGUGUGGAACACAUAGACCUGAAGCUGCCAUAAACUCCAUCAAAACAGAUGUCCACAGCCCUGGCAAGUUCAGGGUUUUGGGGUCACUGCAUAACUUUCCAGAAUUUGCCAAAGCUUUCCAGUGCCAUAAAAAUGAUUACAUGGUUCCUGAGAGGAUUUGCCGGGUAUGGUGAUUCUGUCUGCAUAGAAGCAUGAGAAGAACAUUCUGACUCACCCACGGCUCUCUGCUAACUGACAGAGUGACAGAGCACUGUAAAUGGGCUGUUAAUGUCCUAUGUUCUCCACUGGGGUUGACAUGCUUAACCUACACAAUGAACCUCAUGACAUGUACAGACAGGGGUAGCUAACUCAGCUUACUCCCAUAGGCAAUAUCAUUUGAAUCACGACAUAAUCUCAUGUUUUUGUCACCAAUACUUUGCAAAGUGUUAAAGGUAAUACAAAGAUAUCAUUCUCUAGUCAAAAAAGAUAACUUCUCUUGUGAAGAUUUCAUUUGAUUUGAAUGUCAAGCUGUGAAUAGAAAACUCCAGUAGUAUUUUGAAUAAAAGUACAGAUUUAAAUUCAAAUGUGUAUUUACAAAU